GAGACACAAAUUUGAAGUCGCUCUAUUUCGUCUGACUCAUUGAGUCACGUAACAAACUCUUCGCUGCCUUCGUCUUCAAGGUUUCCCCCAAACGUCGUCGCUGUGUCUUCUUCUCUCUGACACACUCUUCACUCUACUCCAUUCUAGGAAAAGAAAGGGGUCUGGUAAUCCAGAGUUCGGUCUGCUAGAUGAGCAUGGCCAUUACCCUUAAAAAAGAUUGGAAACCUAUAUGUGACAUAAAGUGCAAUAACCCACCGACCGAAUUGUCACAAGAAUUGAACAUAGAUUCAAUUGUUUCGAAGAGAAAGCUAACCGAUCUUUCUGCAUUGCCCCAGUUUUCAGUAGUACCUGCUCCACACUCUUCACGUGACAGGAAUGAGUGGGGAAAGUUUUUGAUUUUCUUGCGCAAAAAUGACAUGGUUGCUAUUACAAGCUUUGAGCAGUACAAGUUUUACAUUUUGCCUCCUAAAGCAUCUAUAUCAAGCGACUCAGUUAAUGUUGCAUAUCAGAUAGGCAGCACAUGUACUGUAGAUGCCCGUCCAAGAGACUGUGAAUCAGGUUCGCACAUAGUUGAGGAACAUGGUGGACACAAUACUGCCACAGCAAGAGGUCCAUCAAAUUGUGGAGAUGUCUCCUCACAUCCUAAGUUUCCUCCCAGGGAGGAUCGUGCAUAUCGUUUUACAUCCGAAACUUGUGGUGGAAUUCAGUCACAUGUGACACGGGAGAGACUGCCCGAGAAAAAUUUCAUACGAGCAGACCCAAGUUACCUGAAAACUCUUGGCCAGGCUCACUCUGGAUGGCUUUUUGGUGGAAUAGCUGAGCUUGUUGAUAAUUCAAGGGAUGCCAAAGCAACAAAGAUCAAUAUUUGUGUUGAGGUGAUAAAGAUGAAGAAAUCUGGGAAGGAUGUACCCAUGCUGUCAGUAAUUGAUGAUGGUCACGGGAUGAACCAUGACGAGGUUGUGAAGAUGGUAUCUUUUGGGCACAAACAAUCUGAUUAUGACGACAAGGAUCAAAUUGGUAGAUUUGGUGUUGGAUUCAAGACAGGAGCAAUGAGGCUUGGCAGAGAUGUUCUUGUUCUAACCCAGACUGCUAAUUCUAGAUCCAUAGCUUUUCUAUCACAAUCACUGAAUGAAGGCAAGGAUAAUAUAGAGAUACCCAUAGUUAGUUACUGCCGACAAGGACAACAAAUGGAAGUUGACACAAAAGCUCAGUCUGAAACAUUGGCAAAGUACAAUUUGAAAGCUAUUAAGGAGUUCUCACCAUUUAAUAAAUAUCUUAUUGGUGAAAAGGCAGCCUUGUUUUGUGGUGGUACGGGAACCCAAAUAUAUAUAUGGAACUUGGAUGAAUGGGGUUCAGAGUGUUGCCUAGAGUGGCAUGACGGACUGGAAGGCGGGAGUUCUUUUCACCAAGGUGACAUUUUCAUCCGCAGCAAAAGGAGUCGUUCUCGUCUAGGCCAACUUAAUCAAAAGGUUCCUUUGGAUUACUCAUUACGAGCUUAUUUGGAAGUCAUCUUCUUAGUUCCACGAAUGAAGAUAUGUGUUCAAGGGAAACUGGUUAAAAGUCGACCCCUAGCAAAUUUCCUCACUAAUACUGUUAUCGUAACUGGUGACAUCUUGGGAAGGGCAGUUGAACUGACUCUAGGAUUCAGUCAAAUAGAAUGGGAACAAGCAAGCUGUGGAGUAUUUUUGUAUUGGCAUGGUCGCUUAAUUGAGGCUUACAAGAGAGUUGGUGGUAUGAUUCAUAGUGCCGAUGUAGGUCGGGGGGUAAUUGGUGUCAUGGAUGUGACCAAUUUAAUGGAUGAUCAGAAUGGUCGUGUGUGGGUGCAUAAUAACAAGCAGGGAUUCCAAGACUGUGAAGCAUAUGCAUGUCUUGAGCAGUGGCUUGGGAAAAAAGUAGAUGACUACUGGGACAAUAAUUUUGAUUCACUUGAUUUGGACACGGAUAACUGCGUCUACAAACCAGAUCGUGACUGGGUGCAAUGUGACAAAUGCAGAAAGUGGAGAAUGUUACCUCACGCCUUUGAAAGCCGAGAAUUGCCUGAUAAAUGGUUCUGUUAUAUGGAGCCUUGCAAAGGUCAAUGUGCAGAUCCUGAACAGAAGCAGAAGCCUGGCGUAGUCACUAUUUCCACAAAGCGAUCAGGAUAUGAUCACACGCUGAAGGAUUCUCCCAGUCUCAAGAUUGAAACUGGUACAGAUGCUUCUCGUACAGAUAACAAAUUAGUCAAUUCUGAGGAGGUAAAAUCAGUCUUGAAGCGGUUGAAAAGGGGACUUCCAAAUCCCAAAUCUCCUUCCUUACCCAAACAGAUAAAGAGAUAGCAGCCACACUUGAAAGAAGUUUUUCCUUUUAUUCUCCAAUCUGCACAAAUUCAGGUUUUGCAAAUGUCUUCCACGAUAGGAGUAUAAGGCUCAUUUUUUGAGGAAUGCUUUCAACAUGUGAAUAUCAUGGACUCCAAUUCCUUGUAUUAAAAACAUCACCCAUUUACACGUGUUAAUUUGAGAUUGGAUGGCUAAGAUCAA